CCUAGGGAGCCUCUUGACGGAGCCAGGCUGCGCCAGACACACAGCGGAAGUGACGGAUGAAGUGUUUCCGGGUCGGAGCCGGCGCUAUGGCGGCUGACACGCAGGUUUCUGAAACGCUGAAGAGAUUUGCAGUGAAAGUGACCACAUCUAGUGUGAAGGAACGAAGAGAGAUCCUCAACGAACUUGCAAGAUGCAUCACUGAGAAAGAUCUCCCAGAAGGCGCAGUGAAGGGCCUCUGUAAGCUGUUUUGCCUCACUCUGCAUCGGUACAGAGAUGCUGCAUCCCACAGAGCCCUGCAGGCCGCUCUUCAGCAGCUUGCAGAAUGCCAGCCGGAAGCAACCGCAAAGAACCUUCUGCAGUCCCUGCAGUCUUCAGGCAUCAGCAGCAAGUCUGGAGGACCCAGUAAAAGCAGCGGCUCUGCGGCCUUGCUGGCCCUCUCUUGGACUUGUCUGCUUGUUCGCAUUGUCUUCCCCACACAUGACAAGAGACACGGAGAAACAUGGGAGAAACUAGUGGAAGUUCAGUGUCUGCUGCUGUUGGAGGUUCUGGGGGGCUCUCGCAAGCCUGUGGUGGACGGGGCUGUGAAGAAACUGAACAGGCUGUGGAAAGAGAACCCUGAGCUGGUGGAUCAGUACCUCUCUGUCAUUCUUGGCCUCGAAGCCAACCAAGGCUAUGCAGCCAUGUUGGGCCUGCUGGUGCAGUUCUGCACCACUCAGAAAGAACUGGAUGUUAUUAACCGAUACAAGGGCGCCCUCCUUGAUUUCUACAUGAAGACCAUCUUGAUGAGCAAGACGAAACCUCCGAAGCACCUGCUGGACAACUGUGUCCCUCUGCUUCGCUACCUGUCUCAUUCUGAGUUCAAGGACCUCGUGUUGCCAGCUUUGCAGAAAUCCCUGCUGCGGAGCCCUGAGAAUGCCAUUGAAACAAUCUCCUCUCUGCUGGCAUCUGUGACCCUCGACCUCAGCCAGUAUGCUCUGGACAUAGUGAAAGGGCUAGCCGGCCAAUUGAAAUCCAACAGUUCUCAGCUGAUGGAUGAGGCCAUAGUAGCAUUAAAGAAUUUGGCUCGGCAGUGCAGCGACCCAUCAACGGUGGAGUCACUUGGGAGACACCUCUUUGCUAUUCUGGGCGGUGCUGAGGGAAAGCUAACGGUUGUGGCACAGAAAAUCAGCAUCCUCUCAGGGAUUGGCAGCUGUAGCCAUCAUGCAGUUUCUGGGCCAUCAAACCAAGUUGUAAGCGCAACCAUGACAGAACUUUUCAUCCCUUUUCUUCAGCAGGAAGUCCACGAAGGCACUUUGGUGCACGCCAUCUCUGUCCUCGCUCUCUGGUGUAAUCGGUUCACCACCGAAGUGCCCAAGAAGCUGGUGGAGUGGUUCAAGAAAGCCUUCAGCCUUAAAACCUGUACUUCGCCUGUAAGGCACGCGUAUCUCCAAUGCAUGCUGGCAUCCUUCAAAGGCAACGUACUUAUGCAGGGAGCAGACUUGCUGCCGGUGCUGAUCCAGACGGUUGAAAAAGCAGCAGCCCAAAGCACUCAGGUUCCCCUGGUGACAGAAGGAGUCGCAGCAGCUCUGCUGAUUUGUAGGCUCUCGGUAGCAGAUGCACAAAUAGACAACAAAUUGAACAGCUUCUGGCCCCUCAUUCUGGAUGAGAAAAAGCAGAUCUUCACUUCUGAGAAGUUCCUGCAGUCUGCAUCGGAGGAGGCAAUGUGCACAGUUCUGCAGCUGACAGAGCGCCUCCUCUUGGACCAGGAGCAUCGACUACCCGGUGCUAAAGUCCAGCAAUAUUACAAAACUCUGGCUGCAGUCCUUCUCAGCCGGUCGUGGUGUGUCCGAAGGCUCGCCCAGCAGACUGCAAGGAAGCUCUUGUCUUUGCCCAGGGGGUUCAAGUUGGCUUACGGGCUCUUAGAAGAGCUGAAAGCAGUUCUUAGCUCUCAUAAGGUCCUUCCCGCAGAGGCCUUGGUCACCGAGUCGGGCGAACUGUCAGAACAAGGGAAAACAUACAUCCCCCCUCGCGUCCUUCAGGAAACCUUGUGUGUGAUCUCGGGCGUGUCGGGGCUGGAGGCGGAUCCAGAGGAGAGAGAAAAGCUAGCCUUGGAAAUGUUGCUAGUAAGCAGUCACCCGUCUCUAGUAGCAGGUCAAUCGGGCCUUUGGCCAACCCUUCUAACUAAGAUGAAGCUUGACCCAAUCGACUUCAUCACCAAGCAUCUGGAAAAGAUGUUCGACCGAAUCGUCACCCAGAGCCCCAUGAAUAAGUCGUCCCUGAACGCAGUGGGCAUGCUGUCUGCCCUUUCUCCCGGCAGAGUCCUCCCUCAGGUCAUCAGCGCCAUCUCCACCUCUUUGGAAAACCCAGCAUUGUGUCUUGUGACCCAGGAGGAGUUUGCCAUCAUGCAGACACCCGAGGGGGAGCUUUACGACAAAUCCAUCUUGCACAGUGCUCAGCAGGAUAGCCUGAAAAAGGCCAAUAUGAAGAGGGAAAACAAGGCUUAUUCUUUCAAGGAGCAGAUCAUUGAGCUGGAGCUGAAGGAGGAGAUUAAGAAGAAGAAAGGAAUAAAGGAGGAGAUCCAGCUAACUAGCAAACAGAAGGAGAUGCUGAAUGCCCAGCUGGAGAAGGAAUCUCUGACCAGGAAGCAAUUGAAAGAGCUUGACGAUGAACUGGAAUCUAUGCUGGGUCUUCUGGAUGCCGUUCUAAAGAGGAACCCCCCUGGUCUCUCCCAGUACAUCCCUGGUCUCAUCGGUUACUUCCUGCCACUGCUAAAGUCCCCCCUGGCUGCUCCAAGGGUUAAGAUCCCUUUCCUUUCCUUGGCAUCCUGUGUGAUGCCUGAUCGGUUGAAGACUUUUGGUACGGUUGUGAGUCAUGUGACCUUGAGGAUGAUGAAGCCAGAAUGUGAUUUGGACGAAUCCUGGUGCCAGGAGGAGCUGCCCACUGCUGUGACCAGAGUCGUGAACUUGCUACACGUGCACGCUGUGCCGGUCCGGAUGAGCAAAGGAGAGGCAGGUCCCAUGCCGUUAUCUGCCCCAGCCUUUUCCUUGGCAUUUCCUCUCCUAAAAAUGGUGCUGCUUGAGACUCCCAGUGACAGCGAAGAGGAGGAGGAGCUCUUGGUCAAGGUUCUGCAGACCAUCACAGUUCACGCCCAGCUGAGGUCGUCCCCCAGCAGCCUGAGUUUGCUAGUGGAUGAGAAUGGUCCUGAGUUAUUGCCUCGCACUGAGAUGCUGCGACUCUUGACUAAAGUGAUUGGAACAGGCUCUCCGCGCUUACAGGUUUUGGCUUCCAAUGCGCUGACCGCCUUGUGCGCCAGCAGCAGCGGAGAGGAAGGCUGUGCCUAUGCGGAGCAAGAAGAAGUUGAUGUGUUGCUCCAGGCCCUCCAGUCUCCAUGCAUGAACGUUCGAGAUGCAGCCCUACGGGGUUUGAUGGAGCUGCAGUUGGUGCUGCCAACGCCAGACAGUGACGAGAAGAACGGGAUGAACCUUUUGCGCCGUCUCUGGGUGGUGAAGUUCGACAAGGAAGAAGAAAUUAGGAUGCUGGCAGAGAGGCUAUGGGAGUCUAUGGGUUUGGAGCUGCAGGCUGAUAUCUGUUCAGUCCUCAUUAAGGACGUCAUCCACCACGAGGAAGCCGUGCGCCAGGCUGGUGCCGAGGCGCUUUCCAAGAGCGUCGAACGGUAUCGAAGCCAAACGAGGGACGUCAUGACAAAACUGAUGGAGAUUUAUCAGCAGAAACUCUAUAGGCCUCCUCCAGUUUUGGACGCCUUGGGACGUGUGAUAUCGGAGUCUCCCCCUGACCGGUGGGAAGCCAGGUGCGGCAUUGCUUUGGCCCUGAACAAACUCUCUGAGCACCUGGACAGCUCUCAGGUGAAGCCUCUUUUCCAGUUCUUUGUACCGGAUGCCCUCAACGAUCGCAACCCCGAGGUCCGAAAGUGUAUGCUGGAUGCAGCCCUCUCGGCACUCAAUACUCACGGCAAGGAUAGCGUCAACUCCCUGCUGCCGGUGUUUGAGGAGUUCCUGAAGAAUGCACCGAAUGAUGCCAGCUAUGAUGCCGUCAGGCAGAGCGUGGUCAUUCUGAUGGGUUCUCUGGCCAAGCAUUUGGACAAAAGCGACCCGAAAGUCAAGCCAAUCAUCGCCAAACUGAUAGCAGCUCUUUCGACGCCAUCCCAACAGGUCCAGGAGUCUGUAGCCAGCUGCUUACCGCCGCUGGUGCCUGCGAUCAAAGAAGAUGCAGGAGGGAUGAUCCAGAAGCUGCUGCAGCUGCUGCUGGAGUCUGACAAGUACGCGGAGCGGAAGGGAGCCGCCUACGGACUAGCUGGCCUGGUGAAAGGCUUGGGCAUCCUCUCUCUCAAGCAGCAGGAAAUGAUGGCCACGCUAACCGACGCCAUCCAAGACAAGAAGAACUUCCGGCGGCGAGAAGGGGCCUUGUUUGCCUUUGAGAUGCUCUGCACCAUGCUUGGGAAGCUGUUUGAGCCCUACGUGGUUCAUGUGUUGCCUCACUUGCUGCUUUGCUUCGGAGAUGGGAAUCAGUACGUCCGAGAGGCCGCAGACGACUGUGCCAAGGCAGUGAUGAGUAACCUGAGUGCCCACGGGGUGAAGCUGGUGCUGCCUUCAUUGCUGGCUGCCCUUGAGGAGGAGUCCUGGAGAACUAAAGCCGGAUCAGUGGAACUGCUCGGUGCCAUGGCCUACUGCGCUCCCAAGCAACUCUCUUCCUGCUUGCCAAACAUUGUGCCGAAACUCACUGAGGUGCUCACUGACUCCCACGUGAAGGUCCAGAAGGCCGGGCAGCAGGCGCUCCGGCAAAUUGGGUCAGUUAUCAGGAACCCGGAGAUCUUGGCGAUUGCGCCAGUUCUGUUGGACGCCUUGACGGACCCAUCCAGAAAGACCCAGAAGUGCCUGCAAACCCUGCUGGACACCAAAUUUGUCCACUUCAUUGAUGCCCCUUCCUUGGCCCUCAUCAUGCCCAUUGUCCAGAGGGCUUUCCAGGAUCGCUCCACAGACACGAGGAAAAUGGCUGCCCAGAUCAUCGGGAAUAUGUAUUCUCUGACGGAUCAGAAGGAUCUGGCUCCUUACCUGCCCAGCGUGACCCCAGGUUUGAAGACCUCUUUGCUGGACCCGGUGCCUGAGGUGCGCACGGUGUCCGCCAAGGCACUGGGAGCCAUGGUGAAGGGGAUGGGCGAGUCUUGCUUCGAGGACUUGCUCCCUUGGCUGAUGGAGACCCUGACGUACGAGCAGAGUUCAGUGGAUCGAUCUGGUGCUGCACAAGGACUGGCUGAAGUCAUGGCUGGAUUAGGAGUAGAGAAGCUGGAGAAACUUAUGCCAGAAAUCGUUGCGACGGCAAGCAAAGUGGACAUUGCCCCCCAUGUCCGGGAUGGCUAUAUCAUGAUGUUUAAUUACCUGCCCAUUACCUUUGGCGAGAAGUUUACACCUUACGUUGGGCCCAUCAUACCUUGUAUCCUUAAGGCGCUGGCGGAUGAGAAUGAGUUUGUGCGGGACACGGCUUUACGUGCCGGACAGAGAAUUAUAAGCAUGUACGCGGAGACGGCCAUCGCCCUCCUCUUGCCUCAGCUGGAGCAAGGCCUCUUUGAUGACCUUUGGCGAAUCAGGUACAGCUCAGUUCAGCUGCUUGGAGAUCUCCUUUUCUAUAUUUCGGGAGUCACAGGAAAAAUGACAACCGAGACAGCCUCUGAGGAUGACAACUUUGGAACAGCCCAGUCCAACAAAGCAAUCAUUAACGUGCUCGGGGUGGAGCGGAGAAACAGAGUGCUGGCAGGGCUGUACAUGGGCCGCUCGGAUACCCAACUGGCUGUUCGGCAGGCAUCCUUGCACGUUUGGAAAAUUGUCGUUUCAAACACUCCCCGCACCCUCCGUGAGAUCUUGCCAACCCUCUUCAGUCUCCUUCUGGGAUUCUUGGCCAGCACCUGUGCAGACAAGAGAAUAAUUGCAGCUCGGACGUUGGGGGACCUUGUCCGAAAGCUCGGGGAGAAGAUUCUCCCGGAAAUCAUCCCCAUUUUGGAAGAAGGCCUGAGGUCAGAAAAGAGCGACAAGAGGCAAGGCGUCUGCAUUGGCCUGAGUGAAAUAAUGAAGUCCACCAGCAGGGAUGCGGUGCUGUGCUUCUCCGAAGUGCUGGCCUUCCUCUCGUCCGUGGCUGGUGAUGCUCUGACCCGGCACCUUGGCGUGAUCUUGCCUGCCAUGAUGUCUGCACUGAAGGGGAAGCUUGGGACUGAUGAAGAACAGCAGGAGAUGUCGAACUGCCAGGGCGUCAUCCUGUCUGUGGAAGACGAGGCCGGGCAGAGGAUUAUCAUUGAAGAUCUGCUGGAAGCGACUCGCAGCCCUGAGUUGGGGAUGUCUCAGGCUGCGGCCGUCAUCCUCAAUAUCUACUGCUCCAAGACAAAGGUGGACUAUAUGGCUCACUUGCGGAGCCUGGUCUCGGGCCUGAUCCGCCUGUUCAAUGACACCAACACUGUGGUUCUGAAUGAAAGCUGGGACGCCCUCAGUGCCAUCACCAAGAAAUUAGAUGCGGGCAACCAGCUGGCUCUCAUUGAGGAUCUGCACAGGGAUAUUCGCAUGGUGGGGAAUGAUGCUGGUGGAGAUCACGUGCCUGGAUUCUGCAUUCCCAAGAAGGGGGUGACGUCCAUCCUUCCCGUGCUGCGGGAGGGAGUCCUGACGGGCAGCUCCGAACAGAAGGAGGAGGCAGCCAAGGCUUUGGGGCUCGUGAUUAAACUGACCUCAGCAGAAGCCCUGAAGCCUUCUGUUGUGAGCAUCACUGGGCCGCUCAUCCGCAUCUUGGGAGACAGGUUCAGCUGGAACGUCAAGGUGGCUUUGCUUGAAACGUUAAGCCUUCUGCUAGCUAAGGUGGGCAUUGCCUUGAAGCCGUUCUUGCCUCAGCUGCAAACCACCUUCACGAAAGCACUGCAAGAUCCCAACCGCAUUGUCCGCCUAAAGGCUGCUGAUGCCCUCGGGAAGUUGAUUGCCAUGCAUACCAAGGUUGAUCCACUUUUCACUGAACUACUGAACGGCAUCCGCACCAGUGAAGAUUCUGGCAUCAGGGACACGAUGCUUCAAGCCCUGCGGUUCGUCACUCGAGGUGCCGGUGCUAAAGUGGACACUGCAGUUAGGAAGAAUAUCACUGCGGUGCUCCUGGGGAUGUUGGGACAUGACGAGGAUGCCACCCGGAUGGCCUCAGCUGGCUGCCUGGCAGAGCUUUGUGCGUUUCUCACGGAAGAAGAACUUGGCAGCGUGCUCCAGAAUCACCUCCUGGCGGACGUCUCUGGCAUCGACUGGAUGGUGAGGCAUGGGCGCAGCCUGGCACUUUCUGUUGCUGUCAGUGUGGCCCCUGGCAGAAUGUGUGCCCCCAAGUACUCUAACAAUGUCCACGAGAUGAUCUUUAGCAAUACUACCUCUGACCGGAUCCCAAUUGCUGUUAGUGGCAUCAGAGGGAUGGGCUUUCUUACGAAGUACCACAUAGAAGCCAACGGGGGAAACCUGCCUCCCAAGCUCUCCAACCUCUUCAUUAAGUGUCUUCAGAAUCCAUCCAGCGACAUCAAACUGGUUGCAGAGAAGAUGGUCUGGUGGGCAAAUAAAAGCUCUCUCCCUCCCUUGGACCCCCAGGCAAUAAAGCCCAUCCUCAAGGCGCUGUUGGACAAUACGAAGGACAAGAACACCAGUGUGAGGGCCUACAGCGACCAGGCUAUCGUCAACCUCCUGAAGAUGAGAGAGGGCGAGGAAGUCCUUCAGUCUGUCUCCAAGAUCCUCGAUGCUGCCAGUUUGGAACUGCUGAACGAGAGCUGCCGUCGAUCUCUGAAGAAACUUGCUAGCCAAGCUGACUCUGUCGAGCAAAUCGACGACACUAUCCUGACAUGAUUUUGGCGAUGCAGAAGGGAAGCCUGGCCCUUGGACCUGUCACUGCGUCAUCAGCAUUAUAACUCGAAACCAACGGAAACGUUUUCAUUUUUGAAAAUGCAAAUUCUGAUGGGAGCUUAUCGAAAAAGGGCUUCUGCAGUAUUUUAAUAAAGGAAUAUACCAGAAUAGCCUUAAUAAGAGUUCUGAUAGUUUAAAAUAAAUAAAUAGAAUUUAGCUUCCCCUGUCCCACCUUUUUUUCUUUUCUUUGAAUACAGAAUAUGCGAUAAGGAGUCCUAUCAAUUGUUAACGAGUAAUUGAUAGUCUGUGGUGGAUCUCCUCCUCUUGUGUUAAAGGAGCGAUUCCCACUUGGUGUAAGUGGAAUUAGAGUUCUGUGAAAGUUGAGCAGUUUGUUUUCAUGUACUGCUGGUUUGCUGUUGUAGCUCUCUCUGUAGCUGCAGAUUCUGUAAAUCAAAUUAUUUAAAAAGCCUCAGAAAUUAGAGGCAAAAGGGGAAUGACAAGCAGGCUGUUUGGGUGACAGUUUAAUAAAAAGCUUUGAACUGAAA